AUGUCGUUUUCCACUAUCAAGAAAAUUAAAUGGAAUUUCAACCCUCCAACUGCUGCAUGGUGGGAGCGGAUGAUUCGCAUGCUAAAAGAAAUGCUAAGGAAAAUUUUGGGCCGAAAAAGUAUGGAUUAUGAAGAAUUGGAAAUUCUUAUAUGUGACUGUGAAGCUACAAUAAAUCCCAGGCCUCUCACAUAUAUUGAAGAUAAUUCAGAAGGUCGAAGGCCAUUGACACCUGAUUGUUUCUUGCAAGGCAUUCCUAGUAGUGAUAAAACUGAUUUAUACGAAAUCGACAGUAAAAGCCUAAAUAAAAGAUUACGUUUUAUUCAAAAACUACGGCAUGAUUUAAGAACGAGAUUUCGCAACGUAUGCUUAGCAAUGUUAGUGCAUAAAGGUCGUCACACCCGAAAUGAAUCUUUGAAUGUUGGAGAUAUAAUUCUCCUCGAAACUGAUGGAAAACGCCUUCACUGGCCCUUAGGAAUUGUAACUGAAGUCCUCCCUGGAGCAAAUGGACAUUCAAGAGUCGCCAGAAUAAGAACAGCUCAAGGGAAAAAAAUUAAGACCAUUCCAGAGACUUUAUUCCUUGGAAAUCGGAAGUUCUGA